AUGACUGAGAUGGUGGAGGACCGGCGAAUGUUCCGCUCUACUUCCCACAAUCCCCCGGGCCUCGGGGAAGCCAGUCCGCACCCCGCCCCAUGGGCGGAGUCUGAAGCCUCGGAUUGGCCACCGUACGUUCGCUUCCUUGGUAGGCGGGGCCGUAGUCCACGAGGGGGCGCCGAGAGCCGACCGGUGGGCUCGCUUACUGCUAGUGGCAUGGAGGCGGCGGUGGCCGGUACAACCGUCCCAGGAGGAGCGGACGACGAUGACAUCGUGCCCACAGGUCGAAUCCUAGAGGUAGAGGCGGAGGCAGCGGAGCUGCUACCCUUCUUGGCGUCUGGGGCUCGGGCUGACCUGCAGGCGACAGCGGCGCAGCACAUGCUGGCUCUGACCGGCUCCAGGCCGGGCCGCGCACUGCUAGCGGGGCAGGCGGCGCUGCUGCGGGCACUGGCCGAAUUGGCAGCGGCUCCAGCCCCGGCUCCUGCCUGCGACGCUGCCCGCGCGCUAGUGAACCUGGCGGCUGACCCACACCUGCACGAGCCACUGUUGGCGGCCGACCCCGGACUGCCUGCCCGCCUGUUGGGCCGAGCUUUGGAUCCACAGUGGCCCUGGGCGGACGAAGCGGCCGCUGCACUAGCCAACCUCAGCCGUGAACCAGCGCCAUGUGCAGCUGUGAUGGACGUGCUGGAGGCCGUGGAACCGGGGGAGCCCGUCCUGGAACGCCUAGUACACGCCCUGUGCACUCCCGGCUACAACGCCAGUGCGCCCCUGCAUUACCUGGGGCCACUGCUCUCUAACCUCAGCCAGCGGCCGGCAGCGCGCACCUUCCUGCUGGACCCUGACAGGUGUGUGGUUCAGCGGCUGCUACCCCUUACUCAAUACCCAGACUCCUCCGUGCGCAGGGGCGGAGUGGUGGGGGCGCUUCGGAACUGCUGCUUCGAGCACCGACACCAUGAGUGGUUGCUAGGUGUGGAGGUGGACAUUCUCCCAUUCCUGCUUCUGCCCCUGGCGGGGCCUGAGGACUUCUCCGAGGAGGAGAUGGCGAGACUACCUGUUGACCUGCAGUACCUGCCUCCAGACAAGCAGCGAGAGCCCAGUGCCGACAUCCGCAAGAUGCUCAUCGAGACCAUCAUGCUGCUGACAGCCACAGCGCCAGGUCGGCAGCAGGUGCGGGACCAGGGAGCCUAUCUAGUCCUACGAGAGCUGCACAGCUGGGAGCCAGAGCCCACCGUCCGGGUGACCUGUGAAAAGCUCAUCCAGGUGCUUAUUGGGGAUGAACCAGAGUGCGGCAUGGAGAAUCUGCUGGAGGUGCAGGUGCCAGAGGAUGUGGAGCAGCAGCUGGAGCAGUGGGACCGCCAGGAGCAGGAACAGUGUGAGCAGGAAGGGUCGGUGCCUCACUGA